AGAAAGGCUUCUCUGACCUCUUCCAUUACCGUUGCAGCCUGCCCAUGUGCUGGUCUGCUACAGAGAAGUAGGCAUAUUAGUCUGUUGUAGUGAGAAUAAGGAGCCUGCUAGCACUUAAAAUAACAAAUUUAUUGCAACAUAAACUUCCGUGGAUUACAGUCCGCCCUUUCAAACGCUUCUGCUAAGAGGAACUGAGCCUAGGAACGACAAUGAGACGGAACAGCCAAUGGGGGAAGCGUUUCUGGAGGAACACAGCAGUCGACGAGCUUAGUGUGCAAGCUGUGUGUCGCUGCCGGGCGGGGAAACCCGCUGGGGAGGCAGCAGAAUGUUCCCCUCAAGACGCAAAGCUAUGUAUCGUCGAGCGGGCAGCGGGUCCUGCCAGCUGCUAGGCAUUCUACCUUGGAAAUGCUCCCUCUUUCAACUCUUCUUUAUUGUGCUUUUGCUGGGUUUUCUCUCCCUGUUGUGGCUCCAGCUCAGUUGCUCGGGAGACAUGCCCAGAAAUCGAGGAGUUCAGGCCACAGUACCUGGAAAACCCUGCGUGCUUGAGCCUCUACCUCAGCUUCCUGAUGACCCUUCAUGGGGACCCCACCGGCUGGCCGUGUUGGUGCCUUUCCGUGAGCGCUUUGAAGAGCUGCUAGCCUUUGUACCCCACAUGCAUCGCUUCCUCAGCAGGAAGAAAAUCCGCCAUCAUAUCUUCAUACUCAACCAGGUGGAUCAUUACAGGUUUAAUAGAGCAUCUCUGAUCAAUGUGGGCUUUCUGGAGAGUGGUAAUGACACAGACUACAUUGCUAUGCAUGAUGUGGACUUGCUGCCUCUCAACGAGGAAUUGGACUACAGCUUCCCAGCCACUGGUCCUUUCCACGUGGCAUCACCUGAGCUUCACCCUCUCUACCACUACAGCACCUAUGUGGGUGGCAUCCUACUGCUCACCAAGCAGCACUACCAAAUGUGCAAUGGAAUGUCCAACCGCUUCUGGGGCUGGGGCCGAGAGGAUGAUGAAUUUUACCGUCGCAUCAGAGGGGCUGGACUUCAACUCUUCCGGCCCUCAGGAAUAACAAGUGGAUAUAAGACCUUCCAACACCUGCAUGACCCAGCAUGGCGCAAGAGAGAUCAGAAGCGCAUUGCUUCCCAGAAGCAGGAGCAGUUCAAGGUGGAUCGUACUGGAGGCCUGACCAACCUGCAGUACAGAGUGGAAUCACGUACUCUGUUGAGUGUGGCAGGAGCUCCCUCCACAGUCCUCAACAUCUUGCUUGAAUGUGACUCCAGUGAGACACCCUGGUGUGCCUUUGGCUGAGACACUCACUGCACAGACUGCCUACUAUGUUACUGCAGCAGCAGCUGGUUGCCAGGAUUGCAGCUGAACCCACAGAAGACAGGUUCCCCCCACCCCAGGAACUAACAGCAGGGCAUUGAUGCCUGUGGAUCAGAUGGUUAAAAAGAAGGCUGAGGAGUCACAUCAGGUGACAGGCAUAUGCAGGGCAUUGCCUGUCCUGUGUGGCUAGUGUAAGGUGAUACUGACUGUGGAGUUGAUGGUGAGCAUAAAUCAGCUGAGUCGCUGUGCAGUCUGCCAUUUAGAAGGAUGCUGCCUCAGCUUACCCGAAGACAGUAUAGUCCUUGCUGGAAGAAUUCACUUGUUUACUUACACUUUAAUAAACUGAAGACUAAGCAGCAGGACUGUGACUGAAUCAUCCUGCCUCUGCCAGCCAGGGCUUCCGUUCCUUGGUAGUAAUGGCAGGGUGGGGGGUGGGGGGGGAACAAAGGCUGAAAACUUGUUUUGAACACCUUUUUGCUCAGGCUGAUACCUAAGGGUGACAACUCUUAGAGAAUCUGUAUCUGGUUAGCUCGCUAGAAGGUUGCUUCUCUCGUGUGCCAAAAUCUGCAUAGGUUUCUGCUGUGAAACUCCCCUUCUCUGGUGUGCCAAAACUCUGCUUAGGUUCCUGCCAUGAAACUUCCCUACACCCCUGCAGAACCACUUCUUGAUGUCUUACACCCUGCCUCCCAAGAGCGGAAAUGCCUUCCCCCUUACUGAAGCCCACUGUGACAAAGGAACUUGGAUUUGGGCUCUUCAAUUGUGUAAAGGCUGUUGGCUUAUUGCAACAAGGGCAUUAAAGCAAAUGAACACUGAAAAGACAA